CCCACCAUCGACGCCAGUAGGGCCAGCCACGGCCCAGAGUCGCAAAACACCCGCUCGCGGUCGAGCGCGUGGGAAACGAAGUCAUCGUCAAACUCUCCCAGGAGGACCACCCCACUGAUCGAGAAAGGGCGGCUAUGAUCGGUGCGGCGCCUCCAAGCAGAAAUCACAGUGCCAAAGUGCCUAUCGCUAGAGAGGCAGUUUUCAACAUGAAAAGAAACCGUGCUGUAUUAACCCAUCCUGAUGUGCUCCGUCAUACUAACGAAGGCGCGACCUGUGUGGUCGUCAAGGACGGGAACUCAGAAGAGAUGGUCAGGGUUCUCCUGGACCACCUCUCGCCGUUAGCUCGCCUUGGUCUCCAGAUGCGUGCCGUGGAGGCUUGUAUGGACAAGGGCGGAGUAAAGAGGUUGGGUUUAAACUUACACAAGACACAGGAACAGCGACUGCCGCGGGCCGCAUACAACUCUCUGGAUCAAAAUUUCGCGACACGGGCUGCGGCCGCUGCGAGACGCUCGAGCGUCGCGCGGAUCUACGACGUGACGACGAAGGUCAAGCUCAACCCACCAACGCGCGAGCUUUUGUCAUCGGACUGGUACGCAUUCGCCUUGUACUUGUGAUCAAUCUCGAGCGGCCCCUUUCGCUAAGGGCCGCGUGUCAGCUAAAUCGACCUCCUGUUUGAAGCGGAGUCCCAGAAACAUCGUGGCGAUGCCGCGGCGGCGCGCCGCUUGGCCGUCGCCCGGCGUUCACUUGCCGCAUCCUGCUCCUGGUACUGCAGGCUCCUAGCAAUGGCUUCGUCGUUUUGCAUCGAUGCCGCCAUCUCGCAGCUGUGAUGAGUGCCCCUGGAGUGUGGCGUGGAUCUGUGGAUCUGUGUACUAGGCGCAGUUUCUCGCGGUCUGGCAGCAACGCGUAGCCUAGAUCUUGUCUCGCAGACCGCACACACCGGCCAGAUCGCAGUAGAGAGCCAAUAAAUGCUUGGAGAGCAUUCCUAGUGUG